AUGACCGGACUCUUUCCCUCGAUCCCCGUGCCGCAGAUGCUUCUGGCACCUCUGGCGAGACCAACCGCAGCCAUUGCGCGUUCUUCCAUUCUCGCGCUCUUCUCCAAGCUCACUGUUGGCCAGCUCGAAGUACGCCUGCUUGACGGCACGGUCCAUCGCUUUGGCGAUCCCACUCUCGUAAGGAGCAAGCAGCGCAGCCGCGACGGAAGCAAAUCAGAAUCCGCCGCCGCAGCAAGUAGUGGUGGCUCAACUACGGCUCCGCAUGCCAUCCUCAUCGUCAAAUCCGACUCGUUCUGGACUCGAAUGUUCUUUGGUGCCGAUCUCGGCUUUGCCGAAGCCUACAUGAUCGGCGAUGUCGACACACCCGACCUCGCCGCGUGCUUUGACCUCUUCAUCCUCAAUCGUUCCUCUCUCAGCAACCUCGAAAGCAUCUCGGUCGCCAGCUCGCUCAUCUCCUCGGCACAGGGGCUGCUCAACCGUCGUUACGCAAACACCAAGGUCGGAAGUUUGCGCAACAUCGGUGCACACUACGACAUCAGCAACACCAUGUACAAGGCGUUCUUGAGCAAGGACAUGACCUAUUCCUGUGCAGUGUUCGAUACAUUGGAUGCGGACGUGUCUGGGCCCUUGCUCGAUAAGCUCAACCAGCAGACAAGGGCUGCGCUAGGCACAGCCACCAACGGACACGGCAGCUCGGCCGCGGGUGUCUUUGAACCUCUCAGAUUCGCUGCUGCUGCCAACACCGACAGCAGCGAGCCAGCAGCAAACGCGGGGGUAAGGUCUGGUGAUCUUCCCACCCCGCCCUCCGAAAGCGACGCCGUCACCACCCGCGCUAGCGACUACGACGAAUUGGAAGCAGCCCAAAAGACCAAGCUGCAACUCAUCAUCAAACGUGCCAACAUCCGUCCAGGUGAUCGCGUCCUCGAGAUCGGAACAGGUUGGGGCUCGUUCGCCAUGGAAGCAGUUCGAAAGACCGGAUGCACCGUCGACAGUGUCACGCUUUCCGUCGAACAAAAAGCUCUCGCAGAACAACGCAUCGCUGCAGCCGGAAUGGAGGGCAAGAUCAAAGUACACCUCAUGGACUACCGCGAUUUCCCUUCCAGCUGGACCGACCGAUUCGACCGCGUAUGUUCCAUCGAGAUGCUGGAAGCUGUAGGGAUCGAGUUCCUCCCCACCUACUUCAAGUGCGUCGACCGUGUCCUCAAACGUCAAGGAGGUGUUGCGGUUUUCCAGUGCAUCACCAUGCCAGAAUCGCGCGCCGAGGCCUACUAUAAGGGCGUCGAUUUCAUCCGAAAAUGGAUCUUCCCCGGCGGCGUGCUUCCCUCGGUCACAUCCCUCGUCAACGGUGCCACCGAUGGAAGCAAUGGCAACCUCAUCCUCGAUACCCUCGUCUCCAUCGGUCCUCAUUACGCCAGAACUCUGCGGGAAUGGAAGAACCGCUUCGAGGCCAACUUUGACAAAGUCAUCCGUCCUGCUUUGCUGCGCGAUCACGACGAGAUCAGCCGCCUACCCGAGCAGGCACGCCAGAAGGAGGUCGACGUCUUCCGAAGAAAGUGGAUCUACUACUUUGUCUACUGCGAAGUAGGUUUCACCCAUCGCGUCAUCAACGAUCACAUCCUCGCUUUCACCCGCGAGAACAACACCACUCUGCCCGUCUGCUCCGGAUAA